AAUAGUCCAACAAAAUAUUUUAUAUGCAAACUAGAAACGUAUAAUCACUAUUACGAAUAAGGCAAGGAAGUAUUUUUUUAGUUAAUGUACAAACUUUAAAGGAAAUAAAUGGAGAGAAGGUUUCAUCGGAAUAGAGGCCGUCAAUGCCGAUUGUGCUUGCGGGAGUACAACAAAUCCCAGCUAGAAGAUAUCUUUGCCAAAGGAUCCAAGUUUGAGAGCAAAAUUGAAGCUGCUGUUGCUGUAAAGCCUAGUCAACAGGAUCGUACAACCCGUAUUUGUACCAACUGCAGAAACCUUGUAGAGCUGAUCGAAUGCUUCAAGGAAGCUUGCCGGCAGAGUGAAAUCUUGCUCACAAAUGAAGCCUGUGUGCUUCAAUCGGACACUUGGACGUGUCCGGAUAGUGGCAACAUCAUUCGACAAGCCAAAGAUUUAGUUAAAGCACAUCAGCGAGAAAUCGAUGCUUUUAUCAGCAGGCAUGAUAGCUUGGGCUUGAUCGAACAGGACCACAGAGCCAUAGAACUUAUGCCGACAGUAUCAGAACGAGCCACUGACGAAAAAUCAGCUGAGCUGUUGGUCUGCGUCAAAGAGGAUGAAGAAGAACCUGUUGGGGACUCUAUUUCGUAUCUAUUUCAGCGCGAUAAUCAAGAUCAAAACACCGUACAUGAAGAUGAAUCAGACGACACUGAAUCUGAUGGAGGAAACGAUCCGAGUUCUAACGCUAAAAGAACGGAACAAGAAACAUCUGAACGAGCUAAAGAACGACCGGAAAAAGUCGUAUGUUCAACGUGCGGUGAAUUGGUUUCCCAACAAGUACUGGAAGGGCACAUGAAUCGACACCUUGGAGUGCAACCGUUUUCCUGCGACUUCGAAGGUUGUGAUGCGAAGCUCCAUUCCAAGUUUGCCCUACAGCAACACCGAAGCAGACACAAGACUGCAAACCGGUACUACGAUUGCGAAGUGUGCGGCAAGAGGAUCAAAGGGACGGCCUACUGGUUAAUUCAUCGGAAGAUACACACAGAAGAUCCUCGCUUUUCAUGUGAAAUUUGUGGCAAAAAGUUCAGACGGAAAUGCAAGUUGAAGCUUCAUUCUACGGUCCAUUCGGGAAUCGCAGAGUUUCCUUGCCUAUUCUGUGGGAAGUACUUUACGGUGAAACAUAAUCUUACCGCGCACUAUAAGCUGCAUGUGAAAAAUGGGACGCAUCCACCAACGGCGAACAACGAGUAAGAAACCAAAAAUGAACGUCCCGUCAAACGUGGUCUUGUGUUACGAUCGUGUACUGGUAAUCUAGUCUUAGACUGGUUCUAUUUUUGCUAAGAUUUUUAAUAAAAAUAUUUGGCGGAGUUUGGGAGAUUCAACGCCUUUA